AUGCAGAAUGGGGAAUGGAACCUGGAACUGCUAACAGCCACUCUAGAUCAGGAAUUGGCUCAGCAUAUCAAAGAAAAUAUCAAAGUGCUAGUUGAAGAAGAGGAUGAUGAACCAUGUUGGAUGCUGGAAUCAAAUGGCAGAUUCUCAGUUAAAUCUGCAUGGGAGUUUCUCAGACACAGAGAGAGCAAACAAACAAGUUAUAAGUUCAUGUGGGAGAAAAGGCUGCCAAUAAAGAUAAGUUUUUUCAUGUGGAGAGUAUGGAAAGGGAGAAUCUCUACAGAUGAUAUAUUAAAAAGGAUGAUGAUCAAUAUACCAUCAAGAUGCUGGUGCUGUGAGGAGCAUAAGGAGGAAACUGUAGGUCAUUUAUUUCUAACAUCUUCCAUAGCUGUCAAGUUAUGGAAGUUUUUUGCUUCUUGUGUAGGUAUCCCCAUAGAUGGAGUUGGUCUACAUCAAAUGAUCAUGGCAUGGUGGACUGUUGAGACAAAGCCAAAAUUGCAUCCUAUGUAUAGAGCAAUGCCUGCAGUGAUCAUGUGGUCAUUACGCAAGAGAAGAAACUCCAUUAAACAUGGAGGAUCAGUGUCCUUCUACAGACUGAAAAAACAAGUACAACACAUACUACAUCAACUGAUAAGGAAGAGAUUCCCAUGGUUGCAAAAUGUAUCUGGUGAGUGGGAAACUAUGCAUCACCAGCUUAGUAGAUAUAAACCAAAAGUUUACUAUGCUAAGGUGGUCUGGAGAAUGCCACUGUCAGGGAGAUUAAAAUGCAAUACAGAUGGGGCAAGUAGAGGCAAUCCUGGGCUCAGUUCAUAUUGCAUCAGAGAUAGUAAUGGGGAUCUGGUCUAUGCUGAAGCACAACAAAUGGGAAUAGCAACCAACAUGGAAGCUGAAACUGAGGCUCUAAAACAAGCAUUGAAGUUCUGUAUAGAGCACAACUUUCAACAAGUUCAAUUGGAGACUAAUUCACUUGUCCUCCUAAACAUUUUACAAGAUAUAUGGUCCACUCCAUGGGAACUGAGGAAUCAGAUUGAAGAGAUUAAACAGGAUAUGAGAACUAUGCAGGUACAGAUUAACCAUAUAUUCAGAGAAGGCAACAGGUUGGCAGACUUUCUAGCAAACCAGGCUUUGGAUCAUGCAGGAAUCAAAGUUCAUGACUUUAUACUCAUGCCAUCAGAAGGAAGAAGAAUUCUCAAUAUGGACAAAUUACAACUGCCUCACCUGAGGAUUAGAACAAGGAGGAUUCAGCAGAUUGAUCAUCAACAAUGA